AUGCAGCCCAUCUUCUCGUUAUCCGCUCUCCUAGCUUGCGCAGGUGCCGCCCUCGCUGCUCCGUCCUCUCUUCCUUCUGCCUCGCAGAAUCUGUCGAUUUUCAACAAGAGAAGCGACACAUGUCUCGACGACGCCGACGGCGCGAGACUCGCCGCCCAGUUUGCCGACCUGGUGGGCAACUACACGGCCGCCAAGGCCGACGCGCUCCUCCUGCCCGACUAUGCCGACUACAGCGACGGCAUCAACAGCCUGAUGGGUAGGCCCCCCGGCAGCGAGACGUUUGCGGGCCGCGAGGCCUUCAAGGCGGCGCAGGCGGGCCAUGGAGGCACGCCCAUGGUGGUGAGCGACGUCGUGGCGGUUACUUGCGAUGCUGUCGUGUGGACGUGGACGGCGGCGUUUGGGGAGGCUGCUAAGAGUGUCAGGGGGAUUAAUGUUGUGCGCUAUGUCCUCGGCGAGGAUGGGAAUUGGUGGGUGGCGCGGGUGGACAUGGAAAUGAAUAGUCUGGUCUAUCUAGAGGAUUUGGGGGGUUCGUGGACGAUGCCUGCUACUGCAUGA